GUCCCUAUAGGCUCUUUAGCCAUUAUUAUUAAGCUAAUUAUGCUAUCGAAGCUAUCAAUGCUAAUUGACUUAUCCAAUUAAGCCGAAGACGGAGCAUCACGCCCCAAAAACUCUGCGGUGACAUGUGCUAAAUGUGCUAAUUCUCGUGGUUUUCGUACGAUUCAUCUUUUUACCGCCUAGUAACGACACUAAUUGGCUGUCCAGAGUAUUUAUAGAGUACCUAGGUUUUCUUAUUUGCUCUAGCAAUUUAGCAAUAUUUAACUACCUACCUAUCUAAGGUAGGUAGCUCUAGUUAUUCCAACCUGUAGCAAUGGCUAGCCAAGAACAUAACGACCAAUUCGACGAGAAACAACACCCAGUGUCGACCGGGGCUCAGGAGGAGAGCUCUUCGGAUACACCUUCUCAUGAUAAUGUUCGCGUUCCCCCUAAAGACGACCUCGAGGCCGCGCAAAGAACGGCAACGAGAGAUAGCCGUGCAAGGAUUUCCUUCGAUUUCAGAAGAACCGCUAGUAAUGUGCUUACACACGCGGCCUCUCACCUUACUACAAGGUCAUUGCCCGAGCCACCGCCCCCGCCGGAUGGUGGUUUAACGGCGUGGGUCCAAGUUGCAAUGGGGUGGCUUGUCAUUUUCACAACUUGGGGAUGGGUCAACUCGUUCGGUAGCUUCCAGACUUACUACACAUCCACGUUACCCGAGUCUCCAUCCACCAUAUCCUGGAUCGGUUCCGUACAGAUAUGGUUCUGCCUGGUGAUCAGCGUUUUCUCCGGCCGCCUGCUGGACGCGGGGCUGUUUGUGCCGACGUUCUUCGUCGGCGCGGUGAUCCAAGUGCUCGGCAUCUUCCUGAUGAGCAUUUCCACCCAGUACUGGUCUUUGAUGUUAACCCAGGGUGUGCUGACGGGAGUAGGCGGAGGGAUAUUUUUCACGCCGUCCCUUGCCCUCGUCGCGACGUAUUUCAAAAAGAGGCGCGCCCUUGCCGUCGGAUUGGCGACAACGGGAAACUCGGCCGGUGGUAUCGUCUAUCCGGUCGUCGUGAGGCAGUUGAUCCCCCAGCUGGGAUUCGCUUGGACGACCAGAGUCCUGGCUUUUAUCAAUCUCGCCUGCCUUUCUACCGUGCUGAUAUUCAUGCGUCCACGCCUGCCUCCUAGGCGAUCCGGGCCGAUAAUCGAUUUCGCGGCGUUUCGCGACUUCGCUUUCAAUGGUGUAGUAGCUGGCAUAUUCUCUCUUAUGAUGGCCAAUUACUUCUCCUUCUAUUAUAUCGCAUCGUUUGGCCGAGAGCAACUUGGCCUCUCGUAUUCAGCCGCUUCGAUCAUGGUCAUUCUUAUUAACGGAGCAGGAAUAGUCUUCCGGGUUAUACCGCCGUUGAUCGCAGAUCGAGUUGGACCAAUCAACGUAAUGGUCCCUGUUACACUUGCAUGGUCCAUUGUGGCGUUCUGUUGGCUUGCAGUGGAUAGUGUACCUGGCUUAUAUGUCUUCACUGUCUUUUAUGGUAUAUGCGCUGGUAGCUUUCAAUGUUUAAUAGCUACUGCAGUCACUAGCAUUACCAAAAGGCUCGACACGGUUGGUACGCGACUUGGUAUGGCUUUUAGUAUCUCUUCGUUUGCCUCUUUGACGGGUCCCCCAAUCGGCGGUGCUAUUCAAGCAGCCAAUGGCGGUAAAUUUGUAGGCGCCCAAGCAUGGGCCGCAACUAUGACUACUAUUGGUUUUGGUUUCUUUCUUUCUGUCAGAUUGCACAAAGCGGGGUGGAACCCUAAGGUUAGAUUUUGAGAGAAUACGGGGUCCAAGAAAUGCUUAAUGAUAUACGCUACGAUUAUAGAUAUAGGAUAUAGUUAAAGGCAGAUAGACACCUAGGUAACUUAGAGUUAAUACUAAUUUGAAAGAUCUAAUGAG